UUCUUAAUACAAUGACAUAAGCUGUUGCAAUAUCAACAUUAUGAUUCAAUCGAGACCAUUGUACUUGCAUUAAUAUUAUAUUAUGAAUAUAUAUAUUUUCUAUUGGCAUCCCGCAACAAGACAAUUUAUUGAAUCAUAGUAAUUUACUUUUUUCUUAAUUGAAGCAAAGGGCAAAGGGCGUCAAAACAAGGCUUAACUCUACGAAUCUUUUGUAAAAUAAUUGAUGUAUAUACUAACACUUACAUGCCUAUCAAAAUAUUAUUUUUAAUUAUAAUUAGGUAUUAAUUAAUUUUAAUUUUAUUAUAAAAUUGUAACGGUGAGAAACAAACAUGGAAUUCAACUAAAAAAACUUGAUAUUAAGUGUAUCGACUUUUUAUAUAAAAUCGAUUAUAAAGUGAGCAACAAAAAAUCAUAAAAUGCAGCUAAUGUCAGAAAAACAAUUACGAAGCAACAAAAUUUGAUUUAAAUAUCUCAUUAUGUCAUCUGGCUGAACAAAAUUUAAAGUAAAAUCUAUUUCCAUAAUAAAAAAUGGUUAUUACUACCAAUACAAAUUUUUAUUAAAAUUAUCAGAUAAUAUAAUGGAUUCUGUACAAGCUAGAGAUCAGAUAUAUAGAAGCUGACACUUAACAAAGACGAAAUAAACAUUAAAACUGAAGAAAACUAUAAUUCAAUAAUGGACACACGAUUCUUUAAAUUUUAACAUUAAAUAAUCAAAAAUAACUAAUACAUUUAAGAAAACGCAAUAGAGAGAUGCAUAAAAUUCAAUUAAUCAGUAAUUAUCGUAAUUAUAAAAAUCAGAACAAAAUGCACAAAAUUAAAUAUGUAAAAGACAUUAUACAAGAUUUGGAAAACUAUGGACCAGCUAGUUUAAUACACAUUGCUAUUUUGAGUAACAUAAUUAAAAGACCCAUUAAUAUAUGGAAUGCUAAUGGUAGUUUAAAUAAGACCAUCGGAAAACAAAAAUUGGGACAAUCUGUAGAUAUUGAAUAUCAUGCAAACAGUUCGGAACAAUUUGGUCACUGGACCCUAAGAGAUAGCAAAGAUCCCGAUAACGUUAUUAUUGAUUUAAACAGCUGCUUGUUUUCGGUGAUUGGUUCUCAAAUCGGGCAAAAUCCAUUAAAACUUCGUAAGUGGACUGUGUUAAAACUAAAGGACAAUUUUCAGAAUUUGGCCAAAUGGUUAGAUAAAAUUCAGUGGAAGAAGGGUGCAGGAGUUUUUUUAUGAUUGGCGGAGUAAACGGACACGGACCUGAAAGUCCGAG